GCAGCCGUGGCACAGUCCUUCAGCCCAGAUUGCCACCAAGUUGCCCGUGCAAAGCCAGUGUGCGGGCCAGGAGUGGCUUUGGACACGCUCGCGUCUUGAAGAAUGUGAAGUUUCUCGUUGGGUCCGCGUUGGGCCUCGUGGUCUCGUGGCGCGAUGGCGACCGGAGCAUCUUGUGCUGGUACAGGGCUUCCUGUUCUUCUUCGAGUCUGAGGAGCCAUUGCAAGUCGUCCAUGCGCUCAGCCUCUCGUCUGUUGUGUCCGUCACAGGCAGCGACCAGGCACGCCGCAACGGCGGGUUCUCCGGUGAGGAGCCCUGUCUUUUGCUUCAAGCAGUUGUUGGAGGUCGAUCGGAGGCCGUCCGCCUACGCUUUGCCGAUGAAGAAGAGACGUUGCGGUGGCAGCAACGCCUGGAGGCUGCCAAAGAGUCUGCGAAGACGCCGCAGCCGGAAUUCUUUGUGCCCACCGCAAGGUUGUGGCAGGUGCUGGAGGUGUGGAAGAAGGAGGCUGAAAGUACCAAGAGGGCCGCUGUCUCCAAGCUGCAUCAGGAGUUGGGGCAAUGGAGAUUCCCAGCUCAAGCGCUGCUGCUACAGACAUGGAUGAAGCAGCGCUUGUCGAGCCGCCUCAAUCUUUUCCUGCACCGAGCCUGCAGGGUGAGCGACAGAAAAGGUGCCGGGGUGGUAGCGGCAUCUUUAGCAGCCUUGCAUCUCUCACGCGCGGCGCAGACGCUGAAACGAAAGCGGCUGCUCUGGGCUUUUCGCUCCAUGUCGCGUUGGCGUCCCUUGCAAGGUUUGGAGAACCUUCUCCGCUGCAGAGUUCGCCGCACCUCAUGUGCGAUGCUGAAGGUGCUUCUACACUCGUGGCUGCGUGCUGCGGUUGAGUCAGCUGCCUCGGCACGAGGUCCCGAAGUGAAGGACUCCAAGGUUCUGUCUUGCCAGGUGCCGGUGCAAGCCGCUGCCUGGGAUGCUUGGCGACGUGCUGCUGCCGCAGAGGCCCUCCGAAGGCACCAGGACGCGCUGGACAACGUGCUGGACACGAACCUGGCACUUGUGCAGGAUUGCCAGGAAAUCGCCGUCAAAGUUGCUCUGCAGCGCCUGGUUGUGGCGGUGGGGACCUGA